AUGAUUUCAAUCUGGUUCCAGACGGCCGUCUACCUGAUGUAUACGGCCGUGUUCAUCGUGUCGCUGGUCGGCAACGGACUUGUGUGCUAUGUCGUCAUGUCCUCGACGCAAAUGCAAUCGGUCACCAACAUGUUCAUCGUGAACAUGGCCGUCGGUGACCUGUUCAUGACUCUGUUCUGUGUUCCCUUCCCGUUCGCCGCCUCGUUCCUAUUGCAGUAUUGGCCGCUGGAAAACUACUUGUGCCAAACCUUCACAUUCGGCAAAAUCGUCGCCGUUUUGGUGAGUGCAUAUACUUUGGUGGCCAUCAGUCUCAACAGGUAUAGAGCGAUUAUAUGGCCACUGAAACAAAGAACUAGAAAGAGCACAGCUAAAUACAUAAUAGCAACUAUUUGGACAACGUCUGUCGUUGUAGCCAUUCCUUUUUUGCGAGCUACUUCGUUAGAUCAGAAAUACGACAUUUACUUUUGCUCUGACAAGUGGUCAAGUGAAUACACCCGACGGUUCUCUAAUGCUUCAUUAUUUGUACUGCAAUGCUGUAUUCCAUUUUCCGUCCUGUUGUUUACUAAUGUUCGUAUUGGAAUUGUCGUGUGGAGUAAAAUACCUCCCGGCGAGGCACAAAAUCCCAGAGAUAUUAAGAUGGCCAAGUCAAUAAGAAAAAUGAUAAAAAUGAUGGCAACUGUGGUCAUAGCAUUCGUCGUUUGUUGGCUGCCAUAUGAUAUCCUUUUGGUGUUGAGGGCGUUCGGGAUUUCGCUGCGUGAGUGGAGCAACCAGCCGUACGUGUGGUUCGCGUUCCACUGGCUGGCCAUAUCGCACACGUGUUACAACCCGCUCAUCUACUUCUGCAUGAACACCCGGUACCGGGCCGGUUUCGUGUCGGCAUUGCGCAGCGUGCCGGGGGGACUCGGGCACGUGCCGGCCCGCCGGGACGGCGACGGCCUGCCCGGACCCGGUUGGCCGCGCACUCGGUCCGAGGUUCUCGUUCGACAGUUCCGGCUGCGCGCCUCGUCUGAAGUUCUCGUUCGACAGUUCGGGCUGCGCGCCCCGUCCGAGGUUCUCGUCUGA